AUGACUCGCAAUAACAGUACCCCAGAAGCCAUAGAGUUACACAAAAUGCUUUUUAAUCCAUUUUCAUUGUGGCAGCUAAACGGUAUUGAUAAUGCAUUAAUGGGCGCUUGUAACACUUCUGUUCAGCGUGUUGAUCGUUUUUUUUCCAUCGAAGUCACUGAAAAAUUAUUUGAAGGAUUCCCAGAUGAACAUAAACCUAUUUGCGGUUUAGAUUUAGUUUCAUUAAAUAUACAACGUGGACGAGACCAUGGUCUGCCAGCUUAUCCCAUAUAUCGAAAACAUUGCAAGUUGCCACCUACUGAUACGUGGGAGCAACUGGCCAAAGCUGUAGAUGCGGAAUCUUUAGAAUCAAUGAAGCAAAUUUAUAGUUCACCGCAAGAAAUUGACGUUUACACAGGAGCUUUAAGUGAGCCACCAGUGGCCGGUGCUAUAUUCGGUCCUUUACUGGUCUGUCUAAUAUCGGAUCAAUUCAUCCGUUUAAAGAUGGGCGAUUCGCAUUGGUACGAACGUAAAAUGGGUCCGCAAAAAUUUACUAAAGAUCAACUGCAUGAAAUCUAUGGAACUAAAUUAUCGCAGAUCGUUUGCCGCAAUGGAGACGAUAUUAAGCAUAUCCGUAAAUAUGUUAUGGAACAUCGCAAAGAUGAACCGACUGAUUUAAUUCCUUGUAGUGAUAUUCCAGCAUUUAAUUUUACACCAUGGAAUAUAGAUAAACAGCCUAAGCAACUCCAUACAACUCAGUUCAUUUUACAAUCGUCAAAUAUAAG